AUGCAAUUCUAGACAAUUAAAAAGGAAUCCCAAGCAGGUGCAAAACCAUCUCCGAAACAUGAAAGUUAUAUUGCUAAAAUAUUUAAUUACAAUACAUCUCAAAAAUCAGGAAUUCUGAAGAAAGAAUUGCCAUUAUAAGACCAUUAAUUAUUUAGUUAUUUUAUGAUUACAAAAUCCCUUUAGUCAGUGAAAUUGCAGGAAUCCCCCAUCCAAAAAUGCAAGGCUGAUCAAACCAAAAAAAAGAAAGUCAAUCGAGUCGUUUUCAAAACUGAAAUCGAUGAGAACAAAAACCUUUAAUUGGGAUUUCAAACAUAGCGAAAGAGCUACGAUUGUGUUGCAGUCGACAAUAAAAUCAAUAGUUUCAAUCUCAUUUCUAGCAUGUUUGAAUUGGAAUCCAAAAACAUGGAUCUUUAUAUGGAUCUUUAGGAUAAAACUACUCAAAUUUAACAAAUGCAAACCUAAAUUGAAUAAUAAUAAAUAAAACAUUAAUAAUAAAUUAGAUAAUAUAGUUAAGAAAAAAAAGAACUUCUCCUCAAGUAAACAUUAUUGCAAUUUAAUAGAAUUUAAAACCUUGAGAAACAAUCUGAAUUGCAACGAAAAUAUAUAGAAUAGCUCCCCUAAUUUGAAGUUGAAGCUUAAGAGUGGAAAAUUAGAUUCCUCAAGUUGAACAAAUAAUAUCAUCUAUAGUAAGAGACUCUCGUCAGAUUGGAGGCUGAGUAACAAAGUAGUCAAAGAAGAAGGACAGAUGGAUUCAAUUGUUUUAAAUAAUAAUUAUGA